UGCAAUAAAACAAAUCAUUCUCUUUUUAGGCGCUCGGUUCUCCCUCGAAUGAAAGCCCAAUAGGGAAGCAAAACGGCCUCUGAAUCGUCAACUUCUAAGGCCGAAGUCUCGCUGUGACUCUUGAGAAUCUGAGAUGUUGAAGCUUUUCUCUUCUAGCGUCAGGGAUCAAUUGUCUCUAAGGAAGCUGUCUGUAAAAGAUGUGAGGGAUGCUUUAUCAUUGCACCGUCUUAUCUCUCAUGCUGGCAUUUCUACUGCUAUAGAAACCUUUUCUGCUGAUGGGAAAUUUGCAAGCCGAAUAUUUGCUCCUUAUUCUGUUUACAAAGGCAAAGCUGCACUUUCUGCUACCCCCGUUCUCCCAAAAUUCACUAAAAUGAAUUCUGGAGGUCUUAAAGUUGAUCGCCAGGGCAGUAUUAUGUUGAGAUUUUGGCCUGCCGUUGGAGAGCGCAAGUAUGACUGGGAAAAGAGGCAGCUGUUUGCCUUGUCUGCAACGGAAGUUGGAUCUUUGAUAAGUUUGGGCCCAAAAGAUUCUUGUGAAUUCUUUCAUGAUCCUUCAAUGUUGUCAAGUAAUGCAGGACAAGUGAGGAAGAGCUUAUCAGUCAAGCCACAUGAUAAUGGUUACUUUAUUUCAUUGAGUGUUGUCAAUAAUAUCCUAAAAACCAAUGAUCGUCUUACAGUUCCUGUCAGUACUGCUGAGUUUGCAGUGAUGCGCACAGCUUUCAGUUUUGCUUUGCCCCACCUGAUGGGUUGGGACCGGUACACUAAUCAGCGGCCUAAUAAUAUGAUGCCUGAAGAUCCAUCAAAAGCUGCCCCACGUCGGCUCUUGGAUUCGGAAUGGGAUAAAUGAAGCUGUUGCUGUAAAAUAUCAAGCUCAUGCCUCUUUGUUGCAUUCUCACUUUUGAAGAUAAGUUAGCUGCUGGAUACUCUUUGACAAUCCUCUCAGCUGGAACUUUCUUAUGGAUUGAUGAAUAUUUUGGAAUGCCCCUAGAGAAAAAUUGUGCCCGAGUUGAGUACCAGUUGCCGCCUUGUGUGUUGUCUUAAAAGCGGGGGCUUGUUAGAAUGCGGGUUGUUGCUUUUAACUGUGCUUAAAUCUUCUUGGGGAAAGUUGUAUUUUGCUGAUAUCCUGCACCAGCAACUUGCAGUCCAUUUCUAGACACUAUCAUGCUAAUUGGGCGUUUAUCAUCAUAAUAUUAUAUGUUAAUGAAGUGGUAUAAA